AGGGCGAGAGAGAAUAGUUACGAAUCUGGGUAGGGCCUGAUUGCGAACCGACGUUAUGGCAAACAAUCUUACGAACAUCACAUGCCCGGAUUAUACUCAAUUUCGCUGCAAUACAGGAAUUAUUCUGCCACUUAUCAUCGAAUCAACAUGGAGUGACGGCUUUCGGGGCUUUAUUUAUCUCACCGGGUUACUAUGGAGCUUCUUAGCUAUCUCUAUAAUUGCCGAUAUCUUUAUGUGCGCAAUCGAAGUGAUCACCAGCAAAACGACCGAGGUGAAAGUGGCUCGCCCUGAUUUAGAGGAGGGAUUUGAAACGGUUAAAGUCCGAGUAUGGAAUGACACGGUAGCCAAUUUGACCCUUAUGGCAUUGGGUUCUUCUGCUCCAGAGAUAUUGCUCUCGGUUAUUGAAAUUGUUGGGAAUAAGUUUCACGCUGGAGAACUUGGGCCAGGAACCAUUGUUGGAUCUGCUUCUUUCAAUUUAUUUGUAAUUAUUGCUGUGUGUGUAUAUUCCAUACCUGAUGGCGAAAAGCGAAGAAUCCAUAGAAUGAAAGUCUUCCUAACUACUGCGUUUUUCGCCGUGUUUGCCUACGGUUGGAUUUAUAUAGUCUUGGCUGUCCAAACUCCAAAUGAGGUUGAGAUUUGGGAAGCAUGCGUUACUUUUGCAUUUUUUCCUGUUCUUGUCAUCCUUGCUUUUCUAGCGGAUAAAGAUAUUUGCAUGAAAAAGGAGCCAAAAGAUAAAAGGCUGGAGAUUGAACUUGGAAAUGUAAAUGAAGAUACCGUCCUUAUGAAGCGGCCAAAAAGUGAAGACGAUCGAAUGCAGGAGGUAGUGUCUGCUUUCAUGAGAUCCAUGGAUAAACCAGAGAAGAUAACGGAAGAAGAUGCUUCUAACAUUGCAGCUCUUAAGAUGCAGGAUGAAAUGCCACACAGUAGAGCAUGGUAUCGUGUCAAAGUAUCUCGGGAGUUGUUGGGUGGACAACGAAUUAAUCCGAGGAUCAGCAGCAACCUCCAGCGGGUUCUUCAUGGAGCAUCAACAGAACAGCUUGCGGCAACGGUGGCUUUAGGCAACGGUGCUGCGACUACCAACCAGCGCAUCGUAGAAGUAGACGGCCUUCUCGGCUACGAUGUCAAACUGACAACUGAGAUUGAGUUUGAUGCGGUUUCGUGCUCUGUUAUGGAGAACUGUGGAACCGUAAAGAUCAUUGUGGUCAGAACGGGAGAUUUAUCCGCGGAUGCAAGUGUGAGUUAUGAGACCUUCGACGGUACAGCCAAUGCAGGCGACGAUUAUGUUUCGGUGUCGGGAACUCUGACCUUCGGGCCGAAGGAAACGCGCAAGGAGAUUGAGAUCGAAAUUAUUGACGACAAUGUUUGGGAACCAGACGAAACAUUCUUUGUCAAACUAUCCAUCCCAGAAAGCGACUUAAAAGAAAACGGAAGAAAUUACGUCAAACUCGGUCGCAAAGUUAUCAACCAAAUCACUAUUAUCAACGAUGACGAACCUGGGACAAUUGAAUUUACCAAACCAAGUUAUUUGGUAAAGGAAAGCAUAGGAACUGCUUAUAUUCCACUUCAAAGAACAUAACGGGGCGGAUGGGAUCGUUAAUGUCGAAUACAGGACGAGUGACGUCAGCGGUAAGGACGGAGUGCAUUACCGUGGCAAGCAAGGAACUGUCACGUUCGAACAUGGAGAGGACCUCAAAAAUAUCGACAUUGAAAUUAUAAACGACCACAAAACGAAAAAGGACGAAAACUUUCAGAUCACCAUAUUAUCAGUAUCUGGAGGUGCGACACUCGGUCAUACACAGAAGACGGUUGUAACAGUGGUUGGAGACGACGAAUUCGACGGUCUUGUGCGCCGAGUUGUUGCUAAGACGCAUCUUAAGCUGCUGAAAAUGAAACUUGGUUCACAAUCGUGGACUGAACAGUUUACGCAAGCAAUGACCGUCAACGGAGGAGAUACGGAAAGCGCUACAGCUGCAGACUACGCCAUGCAUUUCCUCACGUUUGGUUUUAAAGUGAUAUUCGCUAUUGUACCACCACCAUCUAUUUGGGGAGGCUGGGCUUGCUUUGCUGUUUCCCUUGGUUUUAUUGCUAUCCUUACAGCAAUAGUGGGAGACCUGGCUGGUAUCUUUGGAUGUAUUAUUGGACUUAAGCCUACAGUGGUUGCUAUCACAUUUGUUGCCCUUGGAACCUCGCUCCCGGAUCUUUUCGCAAGCAAAAUUCUGGCCACUACGGAACCAUAUGCAGAUAACAGCAUUGGUAACGUCACAGGCAGUAACAGUGUCAACGUCUUCCUUGGCCUCGGCCUUCCGUGGGUGAUUGCUUCGAUCUACUGGAAAGUAACGGCGAAUAUCAACUUCCCGGUUGAUGCUGGGUCAACGGGCUUCAGUGUCGCCCUGUACUCUGUGGCUGCCAUUAUAGCAAUCGCAACCCUGAUUGCACGUCACUAUGCACCUAUACUGGGCGCUGCAGAACUUGGUGGACCAAAGAUCCCGAAGAUAGUCACUGUCGUGUUUUUCAUACUUCUCUGGCUGCUUUAUGUUCUGUUGUCUUCUCUACAAGCGUACGGCCACAUAGCUGGUUUCUAAUCACAUAUUGGCCGUGUUUUAUCACUUUGGAGCAAUUGCAGAGGCCAGUGCACUCAUCUUCAACAUAAAUCCAGAAAAAAAAACUGGUUCUUAUCGCUUUUUAUCAAAUCAAACUUUUGCCCAUAGUUCAACCAGUUGGACACUUUUUAAAGUAUUAUUUAAACCGAUAUAAUAACAAAACCAAAACUUCUGGCUCGACAUAGAAACUCUUUACUGUAUCUUGUCAUCUUAUUAAUUUUUAGCACGCCUGCUUUGAACAUUCCUAGUCUGUCCUUGAUAUUCUUCCUAACGAGAGUGAAUUUGUGUUCUCACACAUCUGUUCUAACGCCUUGUUAACUAGUAUCGUGGUUGAAUGUAUGUUAUGUUCCGCCUCUGUCAAAACUCGCACGCAUUAAGCACUUUAUUUAGCAGUAGUAAUCAUUUAGCAUAUUGAUGGCCGGUUGAUUUUAGUGGUCAUAACAUAAUUCCUGCGUGCGAACACAAUAUAACUGUGUAUAUAUUUUCUAUACUAGAUUUAAAAUGGGUUGAACUUAAUCAAUUAUUAGUACAUUCCGAUCUUUUUUAUAUAAAAAUAUAAAGAUCCACUCACCGCU